CCCAAGGUGGGACGCAGUCAGUCGGACAGGUGGUCAAGAGGCAGACGGAGCCGGGGAUGCAGGAGCAGAUGGACACUUUUGGUCGUAGUUUCGGGUUGUAAUGUCUUGAUGAAGUGAAACUGAAGGCAUUUGGCGCAUAAGUCUCCUGUGAGUUGCCUGUCAUGAUGAGGAAGAGCAGCAGCACAAAUAAACAAGGGAUUCUUAGAAACUCAGGCAGGCGGAGCAAUGAUCAGAGAGCCAUGACGAUGCAGCAUGUCGUGCACAAAUCCCGGAAGCAGGUAUUACGGGGAGCUGGUUACCUGUAUCGUGCGGAGUCCUCCUUCUGCCUUUCCAUGGCAGAGGAGCUUUUCUUAGAUGCUGCAGAAUAUGGAAACAUUCCUGAAGUGAGGCGGAUGUUAGAGGAGCAGCCAGAGCUCAACAUCAACUGUGUGAACUACAUGGGCCAGAAUGCAUUGCAGCUAGCAGUUGCAAAUGAGCAUUUUGAAGUCACUAAGCUCCUGCUAAGGAGGAAAGACCUGGCUCGAAUUGGAGAUGCUCUACUGUUAGCCAUCAGUAAAGGCUACAUCCGUAUAGUGGAAGCUUUACUGGGCCAUGAGGCCUUCGCAGACGGACAGAGGCUGACCAACAGUCCCAGCCAGGUGGACCCACAUGAUGACUUCUUCGCCUAUGAUGAGGAUGGCACACGUUUCUCUCAUGACAUCACCCCCAUCAUACUGGCUUCCCAGUGCCACGAGUAUGAAAUUGUGCAUAUACUUCUUAUGAAGGGAUCCCGUGUAGAACGCCCCCAUGACUACUUCUGCCAGUGCAGGACCUGCAGCGAGCAUCAGAGGCACGACUCAUUCAGACAUUCACAAUCACGCAUCAAUGCAUAUAAAUGUCUGGCCAGUCCUGCUUAUCUGUCCCUCUCCAAUGAAGACCCGGUGAUGGCGGCUUUGGAGAUGAGCAAUGAGCUUGAAGUUCUAUCCAAUAUUGAGAAGGAGUUUAAGAAUGAUUACAAGAAGCUAUCCAUGCAGUGUAAAGAUUUUGUGGUGGGACUGCUGGAUUUGUGUCGAAACACAGAGGAAGUGAAGGCCAUCUUAAACGGGGACACUGAAUCAUGUCCAAGCCCAGAGACCUUGGGCAGACAAAACCUAAUCAGGUUAAAACUUGCAAUAAAGUAUGAAGUUAAAAAGUUUGUGGCACAUCCAAACUGCCAACAGCAACUCCUCUCUAUCUGGUACGAGAACUUGUCCGGAUUACGUCAGCAGACCACAGCAGUUAAAAUCCUUCUUGUUCUUGGUGUAGCGUUUGGAUUGCCAAUCCUGUCCUUUUUGUACUGGAUAGCACCAUCAAGUAAGUUAGGGAAACUCAUGCGUGGACCUUUCCUGAAGUUCGUGGCCCAUGCAGCCUCCUUUAUGAUAUUUCUUUGCCUGCUGGUCCUGAACGCAGCAGACCGCUUUGGGGGAACAUCACUGCUGCCCAACAUGACCACCCAUGAUCACCCCUCUCAACUGUUUCGUAUGAAGACCACCCCCUUCACCUGGAUGGAGAUUCUCAUCAUAUCCUGGGUCAUAGGAAAGAUCUGGGAAGAAUGUAAAGAUAUUUGGUCGCAGGACAUCAGGGAAUACAUCUCAGAGCCCUGGAACCUUCUUGACUUUAGUAUCUUGGCCAUUUUUAUGACAUCUUUCAUUGCCAGAUUAAUGGCUUUCUGGCAUGCAUAUUCUGCCCAGUGUUAUGUUGACAAGCACUACACUGACCUGUCCAACAUGACCUUGCCAUUUGAGAUACAAUAUUUCCAGCUGGCUCGUAUCAACUGGAUGCCAUCGGACCCACAGCUUAUCUCUGAAGGCCUCUAUGCAAUUGCAGUUGUGCUGAGUUUCUCUCGCAUUGCAUACAUCCUGCCUGCCAACGAGAGCUUUGGGCCUUUACAGAUCUCUUUAGGAAGAACAGUUAAAGACCUCUUUAAGUUCAUGGUGAUCUUCAUAACAGUCUUUCUGGCUUUCAUGGUGGGAAUGUUCAAUCUGUACUCGUACUACCUCGGGGCCAAAUACAACGAUGCCUUCACAACGCUCGAAGAGAGUUUUAAAACGCUAUUUUGGGCCAUCUUUGGCUUGUCAGAAGUCAAAUCAGUGGUCAUCAACAUCGACCAUAAAUUCAUUGAGAAUAUUGGCUAUGUUCUGUAUGGGGUGUACAACAUCAUCAUGGUGAUUGUGUUGCUGAAUAUGCUCAUUGCCAUGUUCAACAGCUCCUUCCAAGAAAUUGAGGAUGAUUCUGAUGUUGAGUGGAAGUUUGCCAGAGCUAAGCUGUGGUUCUCGUACUUUGAGCAUGGCGGCACCCUGUCCGUGCCCUUCAACCUCGUACCCAGCCCCAAGUCUGUCCUUUCCCUCUUGCUUGGGAUAAGGGAACUUCUUUGGGAUGGACCGAAAGGCAAAAUAAAAGGAAAUUCAAAUGAUGAGAUGGAGCUUAAUAAGUUGAGGCAGCAGUCAGAUCUGAGUGUGGAUGCAUCGCUUUGUCCAACCCGUCACCAAAGUAUAAUGAAUCGCCUCGUCAAAAGAUACAUAGUAAAAGCACAGCGAGAUAAAGAAAAUGAUGAAAUUAAUGAAGGUGAGCUGAAAGAAAUCAAACAGGACAUCUCCAGUCUCCGCUAUGAGCUGCUGGAAAGGGCCAACCGGGACGUGGAGACAGUGACAAAACUCAUCAGGCAACUGGGAGAAGUCAUGCAUGUUCAGCAGAAAGAAGAGCAGAAGAAUGAGAUCUCUUUCAUUUAUUAAAAGAUGUAAAGAUUAGAGAUGUGUUUACUGGGUGAAGUCCUCUCAAUGUCAAUGUAAAGUCCUCUUAAUGAGGCGUUCAGUCUGGGUCAAAGGGCUCUUAGACAGAUUUUUGGACAAAAACAACUGACAGAAAAAGAUAUUCUGUACUUAAAAUAUAAAAAACAUAUAUUUAAUUUCCGCUUUUGUGUAAAUUGAGCCCCUUGGGAGGUAACUCACCAAACCCUCUUUGUCCCUGUCCUUUUAUCUGUACAGUUAAUCACACUGUGGCACUAAUGUAACUUCUUCUUGCACAGGCUACACUAUUAUGCAAUACUGACUGCUAACAUAUGAUGGUGCUGCCGGUUACCAGCUGUUUAUAUGGUUUGAUUCAGUGGCCAUUUUCUCUCUGGAGUAGCAAAGCUGCAAAAAAAAAAAAAAAAGCAUAUGGUUGAAUAUUUUUGUGGCACGGUUAUAAGUCCGAUAUGAAAGCUUGAUAAUUACCGCUCUUUCCUCUGAGAAUUACUGAUUUAUUUUCUUGCAAUGUAAUCUUUAAAUCAAUAAGCAGGAUGCUGAUGUAUAUU